AUGACCUGUUCAUUCCACAUCAUAAAAGCCAGUGUGUAUUACGAAUAUCCCAAUCAUGCAACAUGGACGAAAGCAAAGAACAGUUGUUCCCUCGCAUUACCAGUGUUUUGGAACGAUUUAGGCCAGAAAGUUCUCAAUGUUACAAACAAUAUAACAACCGAUCUUUGGGUAGGAUAUUUCAAGGCAUCCACUGGAUUUGAAUAUAAAGGAUGCAUUCGAAAUGAAAAUUAUACACUCCGUAUGGACUCGGAAAGAAUAACUAUAGGUCAAUGUUACUCUGCCUGUGGAAGGAAACAAAUGAUUGGUAUAAGCGGAAGGAAAUGUUAUUGUGAAGACCAGUUCAACUUUAAUAAGGGUAUCAAAUCGGACUUCUGCUACAAGAGUAGAGGAUGCUCAGAAGAUGUCUCCAACAUGAGUGACUGUUUGUCAGUCUACAAAGUUAAUCAAAAUGUCACUAAAAACCAGACGCUCAACAUUGUUGAUGGCAUGUGUCUGAAGUUUUCGGGCAAUGAAACUAUGCUUCAUAAACGCUAUACGUGGACAGACUGUAAACAACGUAACCGAGCGUUCUGUGAAUUAAAAGAAGCCACUCAUUUUACCACUGGAGCCGACAAUUGGAGGGAGUCUUCAAAUUGGUGUUUCGCUUAUAAAGGCAAUCCUUUAACUUACGCGAAAGUGCAAGCAAUAAAUGAAAGCACCGCAACCUCUGUAUGGACCAGUAUCAUCAGCAGUAAUGUGAUAUAUACAUACGCAGAAUACAACAACAGUCUAAGUAAUAUUCGAUUUGGGUAUCUGACAAGUGAAGGUUCUCGCACAGUUCUGAAAUUCAAAGCAGACAAGACCACACAGAGGGCACUUUGCAGACACGGCAAGCUCAUAAUUUCGACGGAAUCACCAGAAACUUCAACAACAGUUUCAACAUCGGAAAGACAAGUUUCUGAAGACAAUGAUUUUAGUACUGCAGCACCAGAAACGGAGACUACAACACCACCGCCAGACAUGUCCACUGAUCUUGGAUUCAUUGACACGAAUGAGGAACAAAGUGCAGACAAGCCAGAUUCAGAUGUCAGACCUAUUAUCGGUGCUUCAGUGGGCUCUGUCUUACUGGCUGUUGGUGUAGUUGUUUGUGCCGUUAUGAUUCUUAAACGACGAAAUAGGUGUAAAUGUGCAAACAAACGUAUAAAUUCACGUGACACUUCUUCAAAUUGUCACAUGACACAAGAAAACUAUUCACGUGACCAUGCUGUUGACAUAACAAAGACUGACACUACAUACGACACGACAUGCUCUACAAAGAAAAAUAAAGAAGUUGAAACCGGAAAUAUCUAUAACAGGUUGGAUACAGAUAUCAAUGCAACGUACGACCAUGCAUACAAUAAAAGAAAAGACGUUGCUGGCAAAGCGGACGACACUUAUGAUACUGCUGAAAUGGAAGCUUUGGUAACCAAAGCUGAUAACAAACCAGGUAGAUUUGGUGACACAGAUGAAGAUGCCUACAAUCAUAUAAACGGUGAACAACUGAAAACCUGCAAAACAGAUAAUGUAUACGGUAUAUCGAGCUUUUUGGGAAACGGCGCUCGGGAACAAGAUACAAGUAAUAUAAAAGAUGCCCACUCUGAAGGAGACACUUAUAGUCAUAUAAAUAAUGCAUCACGGAAAUGUAGCAAACCGGAUAAUGUUUAUGGCGUUCCUAACAAAUUACACACUUCAAGCGAAGAAACAAAACACCAAGAAGGAGAUUAUGAUGUUUCUGACAAGGAUAUACAAGUGUUAGAUACGGACAACGAGUACUCAAAAAUUGGAACCCUAUCUUAACAAACUAGAACUGUUUCCAGAGAGUCUUCCACCUAUUACUAUUAAGAUAUCAUAUUUGAAAACGCAAGACAUUCUUAGUAAAUUUAUUUUUAUAUAGAUGUAUUUGUAAAGCUGUAUGUCUCCGUCGUAAUAAUAAUUAUAUCAUAUUCUAAAACAACAGUAGAUUAGGAGUGUGUGUAAAUAAACUAAGAAAUUAUAGAACCAGUUGUAUACAGAAAAUGUAUAUAGUGCUGAAGUCAAAAUAUGGUUUAGGAUGAGUUUUAUGAUUUAUCUUUCUGCCCAUUGUAUGAUGAAAUAAGUUAUGAUUUGUAAGGAAAACGCAACUUUUUGAUGGUCAUUGGUGCCGAAAAGUCUGUAUCUGAUAUAUACGUUGUAGUUCCUGAUAUAUUUUUGACGUUGAUUUGGUUAUAAAUAAUUUAUUUAGUGUAAAUGAAAUAGCAAUUAUCAUGAAAAUGUCAUAUAUAAAUACAUCUUCUCACUCACAUCAUGCUGCACUGGUUUUUAUUGGUCUGUUUUAUAGUAAUCGAUUCGGAAGUAAAUUCUAAGGUAUUCAGGUAUAAUACACGAAUAAUUAAUAUUUAGUAGAUUUGCAUUACAUUAGUAUAUGUAAUUGCAAUAUUGCGUAUGAUUUUAUUUUAAAUUGGCUCCAAAUGGUAUCUCUGCGGUCCAGAUUUUAGUAUGGGGUAUGUAGUGUGUAAUGCUAUGGAUGAUAUGACCCGCCUGGUGAUGGGAUCUUCCACUUGUGUUUGUUGUGACCGUGGCCCCUCCUCCACCCCCACCCCCCUGCCACGACAAAUAGGGCUGAUCUGUCAGGGUUUAGGAUUGUGUUUGCACGGAUGAUCUUGGCACGUAGGUCUUAUUUUGAAAUGGCAUGUGGGGGAUUUGUGUUUGUAGUUUCGGAUACUGUGGUUCGGUUUGUAUAGGUGUUGUUGGUGUCUUUAACGGCAUGUUAAUGUCUUUUAAUUUUAGAUAAUUGUUUCAGUUUUAAUUAACGACAGAGUAUUUUAAUCGCAUCAUUAAUCUCAUGUAAAUAAUUUAUGAGUUGCCAAAUGCAGCACUGUGUUCUAGUGUGCAUUUAAAAUGGCUGUAUUAUGAAUCAGAACAAAGAUAAUAAAAGUUUCUGUUUUAAGAAAAGUAACACAAUCCACGGCAGCUUGAUUAUGUUGUAACAACCCGCCCGCUUUGCACAUUUGGGAGAGCGGAGAUGUACGGAUCGCGGAGUUGUGAGUUCGAUCCCCGGGUAAGAAGCACGUUCUCCGUGACGAUUUGAUAAAAGACAUUCUGUCUGAAAUCAUUCGUCCUCCCCUCUGAUUCAUGUUGGGAAGCUGACAGUAACUUGUAGAGAAUAGUUUUGUACAAGUGCAGAAUCCAGGAACACUGGUCACAAAAUGGCGUUAAAUCCAAAACAAACAAAUCUACUGUAAUAUAAUUAUGAUUUAGAAGGCCCGUUUUCUAAUUCUGAAUGAGGAAGUAAAUUUAUUUUCAGACGCAGUGUUUGUAUUUUUGUUGUGCACUAUGCAUGUAUAUAAAUCAUUAGAAUUGCAGAAGCACAUGUAUUACAUAAAAGAAUGAGUAGAAAGUGCAAAGAUCUCCUUUUUCAUAUGAUAUUGUUUCGGUCAAUGCCCGUCAGGUAACUAACGGGAUACUUAGAAAUAAGAACUUUUAUGGAUGCUAGAGACAUUUGCAGUUUUGAUCAUUUUAUGAAAUAAAUAUUAUAUUC